AGCGAUCCCACCCAAGGUCAUUCGGGCACAUGUUGCUUGCUGUCACAGCCGAUGGUCCCGCACCCUUGCUGGCAGGGGGGUGGGUCGUUUUUUCAUCGCUAGCAGGUAUCAAAUGUCUCAAAACGGCAGGAUACCCAUAAGUGGACGCCUUUGGGAAUUUAAGCAAAAUGGAUGGAACGAAGGUGAUGUUCCGCUAAAAGCUCACCUACUCCCGUGGGGUUUUCUUGGCCUUUCUUUUCUUUCCUUUCUACGUUUUGUACCUGUUACCACCAACCAUCAAUCUCUCAUUAUCCUGUCUUUGUUUGUCUCUGUAUCGUGCGGCAGGCCGUCAAAUCUUUCGCGUGUGUGCUGUUUAUAGUAUCGAUACCUCUAUCCUCUUGUCAAUCUUUACCUGUUCGUUUUUUUAUCACUCAUUCAAGAGCAGGCGGGUUACAUUCCUUUAUUUUUCUUUUUAAUUGGAAUAUUUUUUGAGAUUUUAUACUCUCCACAGCCAAGACACAACAAAGUCAGAAUGAUGGAACCAACCAAGCAAAGGCACGACUAUGCCAACAUCGAAGACCAUGACGAUAAUCUCUCUAGCACAGAGGUUGAGGAGUCACUGAUGGGAAUGGAUGAGGAGAAAAACUACAGCCGCCGAGACCAGAUGAUGCCGUCGAGGAGACCAAAGACGCUCGCCGCCAAGCUGCUUGCGCCCUUCAAGUCCGGCAGGUGGCUGAUUGACACAGCGCUCCUGCUCGUCAUUAUAGGUCUGCUGGUCAAGGACAAGUGGAAGGAUGUGGAAAACCCGUGGCAGUUUGGAGGGGACAUCACUGGCGUUGGGCCGAGAUUCUCGUCACAAAUUCAAACGUUCCACAUCGACCAGUCCUAUGCACCAUACAACACAUCCGAGUUCUUCAAGCCGGAAGUCUUGCAGCGAUGGAACUCUCUAAUGCCCAAGGGCAUGGGCUUCCAGUGGGUUAACGAUACGCACAAGUACCAUGACCUCCCGACGCCCAUCAUGUGGGACGAGGGCAUGACCGUCUUCACCACUUCGGUGACGCACAACCUCCACUGCCUGUUCGCCAUCGUGCAGACCUACUCAGGCCUCAAGUCGGGCCACGAGAUACCCGACGACCACCACUGGCACAUGAUCCACUGCUUCGACUACAUGAGGCAGGCCAUCAUGUGCUCGGCCGACAUGGCCCUCGAGGGCCUCGAGACUACCUUCCCCGAUCACAACGGUGGCUCCGACGGCUGGGAUUCCAAGCACGUCUGCAAGGACUGGAACCAGGUCAAGGAAUAUCUCGAGAGCGUGCGGGCUUAUGACGAUCAGCUUAUUUACUAGGCUGCUGUUGAUGCUUUUUUCCAGGAAUGAUUUGAGGAAAUAGAGGGUUUUUUUUUGUGUUUAAGAAAAAAAAAACCGUGUUGCUCUGGUAGCCUUUUUCGAUAAUAAUACCACCCACGCGAAAUGUUCACCAUGCUGCGUUCACCAUGCUGCGUCGCCAAAACGUUUAAAUUGGUUUUCUUUUUUUUUUUUUUUUUCUUCUUUUUUUUCUCCACCUUGCUGUAAUCCACGCAGUUUUGGUCGGAAGUCCCUAACCCAGACGCUGGAGAAAUGACUACCUAGGUAGACUAG